CCAACCUGCUGGGUUAUUCACCGCAGUCGUUCUUACCUGCUGUGUGUUCAGAAGGGAACAAAAAUCCUAAAAAAUAAAAAAAACUGCCUGGAUCAGCCGCAGCGAGGCGAAGCUGACUGAGCACAGCUGGCUGGACAUCUGGAGAGUCAGCUGAGGAUGAGUAGGAAGGCUGCUGGGAUCCAAGUUGUCCACGAAGCUCCCGCCAAGCCCCACGAGGACGAUGAGGAUGAGGAGGGGAAGGUGACAGAAGAUGAAGAGCUCAGAGCGUGCGGCGUGUGCGGCGACCUGGCAAAAGGUUACCACUUCAACGCUCUGACAUGUGAGGGCUGCAAAGGCUUCUUCAGACGAGCCAUUAAGAGGUCAACACAGCUCCGAUGUCCAUUCCUGAAUAAAUGCAUCAUAACCAAAAACAAUCGUCGCUCGUGUCAGGCCUGCCGCUUCAGAAAAUGCCAGGCCAUCGGCAUGCGGAAAGAUAUGGUCAUGUCAGAGGAAGCGGUAAUGGAGCGGCGAAUCAGGAUAAAGAAGAAAAAGAUGCGCUGCGAAACCACAGAGCUUUCGUCCCAACAAGAAAAGGUGGUUGAGGAGCUGCUCUGUGGCCUCCGCGGUACAUUUGACUCAACCUUUUCACGGUUCACUGGCUUCAGGCCCAUGGACAGAGAAAUCUUGGCUGAGGACCAGCAGACCAGCUGCCCGACAACGUCCUGCUCUACAGCUGAUAAACCUGAUAAACCUGUAGCUGAACCCAUAGAAUCUCCCUAUUCCUGCUCCCUCUCCUCCUCGUCUUCAUCCUCCUCCUCCUCCUCCUAUUCUUUCCGCUCCAGUUUCUCUGAGAAAGUAGAGGACCACAAUGGAGACACAAGCAGCUGCGUUUACACUAAUCUCCCACAUCUGGCUGACCUCACAACCUACAUGAUCCAGGACAUCAUCCGCUUUUCCAAAAGUCUUGAGGACUUCCGGUCUCUAAGCAUUGAGGACCAGAUAUCUCUGCUGAAGGGAGCCACAUUUGAAAUGAUGCAGAUUCGCUUCAACAUGGUGUUCAACUCCACAACCAGCAACUGGGAAUGUGGCCAUAUUACAUACUGCAUACACGACGCUGUUCGAGCGGGAUUCCAGCCUCUCCUGCUCGAGCCCAUCUUCAAAUUUCACCACAAUCUGCGCAAGCUGGACCUCCAGGAGGAGGAGUACGCCCUCAUCCAGGCCAUAUCCCUGUUUUCCCCAGAUCGCCCAGGAGUGCAGGAACACGCCGCCAUUGACAGAGUUCAGGAAAACCUGGCCCUGACGCUGAAAACCUGGAUUGACUGUAAGAAAAAAGGCCCAAAGAAACACCUGCUGUAUCCCAAAGUGAUAGCCUGCCUCACAGAGAUGAGAACAAUGACUGAAGAGUACAGCAAGCAGAUUCUGCAGAUCCAGGACGUGCAGCCUGACACCAUCUCCCCCCUCAUUAUGGAAGUUGUCAGUAAAAACCCCUGCAAACACGUUUGAUGUAUAAAGAAAACGGCCGCUUGGAGGACUUGGCUGUUAUUUGGCUGCUGAAAAACUGAAUGGGCCCAUGGAUUUGCUGCUUAGUAAGGAACCCAGGAGAAGAGCGAAGACAAAUCCUGAUAAAGUCAUCAGAUUUUUGUACAAAUUCAUAGCAUCCAUUGGUCAGAAGCAAGCUGUACAGACUCUGUGAUCGCUUUGUCCUGAGUGCUUUUUUGUGGCAUUUUGAGAGAAAAAGUUUUGAUGUUUACACUGAUUGUUACUGCAUUCAGAACGGAGACUGCUCUGGAAGCAAAGAGAAGCCGUCUUCUGAUGACAUCCUUACCGUUUCACUCGUUACCUCAGGUUUUGUCCAGUUUUGUGUUUGUUGUAUAAUGUAAAAUAGAAGGUUAACACUUAUAAAUAGUAAAGAUACUAUUUCUA